CGUCAUAAAACCCCAAAGAAGAAGAGAAGGCUGAGGAAGCGGAAAGAAGAUGGCUGAUGGUCUGUUUUGUUGAACAUUCGAGUGUUUCUUUAAACACGUUUAUCAACGAACAGUUAAUCCUGCUGAAGAAACUUUCACAGAGUUUAAAGGAAACAUCGUCAAGUCGGAGGAAGAGAUGGACGAUCAGCGCAGACUGCUGGAUUUCUCCCGGACUCCCCGGAUUAUUUUACACCGGAUAGAUUCCCUGUGGUGUAACGUUUAUAACCAGGAGAGGAGAUCCACUCUGGGCCAGGAGGAGUUAGAACCUCUGCAGGUGAAACAAGAACAAGAAGAACCAGAAGAUCAUCAGAUAAAAGAAGAACGGGAGGAUCUAGAACAUCACCAGAUAAAAGUGGAAGAGAAAGAAGUUUACUGCAGUCAAGAUUCUCUGCAGUGUAAUGUUUGUAACCAGGAGAGGAGAUCCACUCUGGACCAGGAGGAGUUAGAACCUCUGCAGGUGAAACAAGAACAGGAAGAACCAGAAGAUCAACAGAUAAAACAAGAGCAGGAGGAUCUAGAACAUCAGCAGAUAAAAGAAGAACAGGAGGAUCUACAUCACCAGAUAAAAGUGGAAGAGAAAGAAGUUUACUUCAGUCAGGGUGAAGAACAUAUUGAGUUAAAACAGGAGACUGAUACCUAUAUUGUGGUUCUUGUUGAUGAACAAACAUCCCAAACUGAAUCAGAACCAAACAGGAACCAAGUCAUCUUCCAGGAAGCUGCUGAAGCUGAGAACCAAAAUCAGAAAAGAAGAAAACCUUUCUCAUGUGCCAUCUGUGAAAAACGUUUUGUUUUCAGAUCUGCUUUUGAGGCUCACAUGAGAACUCAUAUGGAUGGAAAGCCGUUUUCAUGUGUGACCUGUGGUAAAUGUUUUCGUCAAAAACGGGUUUUAACUAGUCACAUGAGGUGUCACACAGAUGAAAAGCCUUUUAUGUGUGUGAUCUGUGAAAAGCAAUUUGCUUUCAAAUCUGCUUUCAACUUUCACAUGAGAACUCAUACGGGUGAAAAGCCAUUUUCAUGUGUGAAUUGUGGAAAAAGAUUUGCUUUCAAAUCUGCUUUCAAUGUCCAUGUGAGAACUCACUCAGGAGAAAAGCCUUUUUCAUGUGUCACCUGUGGGAAAAGUUUUGGUCGAAAGCAAUAUUUAACUGAGCACAUGAUGAUUCACUCAGGGGAAAAACCAUUUUCAUGUGUGAACUGUGGAAAGCGUUUUGCUUUCAAAACUGCUUUUGAUGCUCAUAUGAGAACUCACACAGGGGGAAAGCCAUUUUCAUGUGUAACCUGUGGGAAAUGUUUCAGUCAAAAACGUGUUUUACUUAAUCAUAUUGUAAUUCACACAAUAUGAGGCCUUUUUGGUGUCUGACUUGCGGAAAAGGUUUCGGUGAAAAAUGUCAUUUAACUGUUCACAUGAGAAAUCACUCGGGUAAUUAAUUAAUUUAGAGCACAAAAAGAUCUAAAAUAUAAAUUGUAAUGAAGAAGCCUAAUUUGUCAGUUUAUUCCUGACCAUAACAUAGUCCUCAACUUAUUGAGUAAAAUUAUUUCAAACCAGGAUUUCAGUGGUUUGACUGCUUUAGCUAUAGUGAGAGCAAAGGCUCUUCUCAUGCUUAAAAUCCAGAUUUUUUUUCCACAACAUAACAUAAAGUUGAGUUUAAAACAGGAAGGAUGAAGGGGCUGAUGAAGACGAUGCUUAAAAUAAUUCAUAAACAUAAACUGUUUUCUGAUUGAAGUUUUCUUCAGUAUUACCUGAUACAGAUGGGUAUCGCAUUUCCUUAAUGAAUAAAAUUCCCAAAAUGCUUAAUGGAGGAAAGAUAAGUAUUUAUAAUCGGAUAAGGUUUUUUUUUUUUUUUUUACAAUCAAAAACAGAACAUACUAAAAUGGGUCGGUGUUCUCAAAUCUGUAAAAUAUCUGAUAGGUUUGUCUUUUAAGCAAAAUAUGGAAAUUGACGCUUUCAUUUGUUUCAAAUUAUAUUAAUCAGUCUAACUACCUAUUUAAUAAUAAAUCCAUUCGUACUUUACAGUAAAUGCAAAAUUCACUGCACUACCUUUUAUGAAUUGAUUGUAUAAAGUAUGUGUGAUUGUCUUCAAUAAUUUGAUGUUUCAAUUGUAACAAUAUUUUGGUCUUUCCUGCUAAGCGGUCUUCUGUGAAAGAUUGUCUUUUUUAUAUUAAAAUGGCUUAUGUGUAUUUAGAUAGAUAUAAAAGUUAUGCUAAUGUCUUAGGAGCUAAUUAAAUGUAAUGUUUCAUUUGGGAAUAAAGGUUUAGAGUUUUUCUUUA